UAUCAGUCAUGACAGAUAAGACAGCCCAGGAUAAUAAAGUGCCACUAAGAGUACAACCAAGAGCCAUGAAGCUGUUCAUCGUGUUGUCGGUUUGCCUCGCUGUUUCCACAGCAUACCCCAACCUUGUGGACCUUGCCAACGCAAAUAAUGCUACAACGCUGGUGGGCCUCCUCAACAGUGCCGGGUUAGCCGAUAUUCUUAAAGACCCAAGUCAAGGACCGUUCACACUGCUUGCUCCAUCUGAUGCAGCUUUUGCCAAAGUUCCAUCAGCAGAUUUACAGGCUUUGAAAGCAGACAAUGCACAACUUCAGGAAGUAUUGAAAUACCAUGUGAUGAAAGGCGAGGUCUUCGAAUGGGAUCUUGUAAACCAUGAAGUCAUUCCAAGUUUGAAUGGACAUUCCAUUCGUGUCUACGUGCGAUCAUCUUCAAAUGCUCAAUCAACUUACUUCAAUCAAGCAAAAGUUGUGAUUUCGGAGUUACAAGCCUCAAAUGGUGUGCUCUACCUUAUUGAUGAAGUACUUAACAUGCCAGAGGGAACCAUUGACGAUAUCAUCAUGAACCCAGACUAUUCCAUCAACAACUUUAUGGAUUUCAUUAAGGAGGCUAAACUCACUAACAUAUUCAACAGAACUACUGGUAACAGAUAUACAAUGUUUGUUCCUACCAACCAAGCUCUUGCUUCUAUGGACCAAGGAUUCUUGACUCAAAUUAAGAACAGUUAUAUAAAUGCACGACACUUGGUCGACUACCAUGUCCAUCCUGGAACCUCACACGCAACAAGUAUUCUAGGAUUUUCUGGUCGUUUGUCCACAAUGUACAGAGGACACUAUAUCAAUCUUUCACAAGAUGCCAACAACAACACAGUACUGAAUAAUGUAGCCAAAAUAAUACAGGCUGACAUUGAAGCCGAGGAUGGAGUGGUCCACAUCAUAUCUCACGUACUUAUUCCCUCUACUCUGUCUUCUGGUCUAGGCGGUGUUGUCGGAUAAAUUAAUCAUUCAAGAAAUAUAUUGGAAAAUGUC